GCGUUACGGAUGAGAAGAUCAUUUUCAUUGGUCGAUCUGGAGCUUCGAAUCAUUUUAACCGACACUCAACUACUUUCCACUUGAUGUUGAAAAUCAACAGAAGUUUUGCACAAAAGGUUAAUUUUCUAUUUACUGCGGUUAUAAAAAAGCCCCAAUUUUCAGGACACCCAGUAGAGACCCCUGAAAUACAGCUUCGAGUGCGCAAUCUCGAAACGUUUCUGAUGUGUGUGUGUGUGUGUGUGUAUAAACAUACUGCGUAUAUGCAUACAAGUGUAAACUGGACGAUUCUGAAUGUUGAUGCUUUGAAGAUCCUGAAAUAGGUCGCGAAAAGCGUGGGUGGGUCUAUGGAUUAUACUUUACUUCGUGUUAUCAGAGGGUACAAAAAUCUUUUGAUUGCAUUGUUGAAAGAAACGGUAACAACUCUGAGUGACUAUCAGUGGUCGUGUUUGAUGUCUCGGUCUCAAAAAUUACGGUAAUUUGAUCCGAGUGUGCUCGACAAGAAAAAUCUUUCGUUGAGAUAGACGGUGAACCGAGUUCGAGCGUUGGUUAACGUCGGAGAUAAGGAACUUGGGGGAUGUCAUGAUCAUAACAAAGCUUCGUUCCGCUGGUUCGUGAGCAGAGAACUCGAGAGUAUUGAUCUUCGGGAAAGCUUGGACGACGGAGCUCGAGAAAAUUGAAACCGGAAGUUUUGAGAAUUCUAUGAUUCGUUAAAAUCGUGGGUUCUUCGAGAGAAAAAUAAAAAUACCAAAUUCAAUUUUUUUGAGAGCGUUUUUGAUGUCGUUUCGAGUAACGGUAAAUUUCUUCGAAACUAAGAAUUCGCGUGAUAGUUUGUAACCGCAAUGAUGGAAAUAAAGUCAAAGCUCAACAACGAAUGGAGCCCAAUGCUCACAAAGAUCGUACAAAGAUAAAUGGGUUUUGAAACGAUAUUUAGUUUUUGCAGAAUUAUGGAGGGAAUGAAUUUGAAGUGUUUCAAAUGUGAUUAGGAAUGAAGGAGAAAAUGUCGACGGAUCCCGACAUUUUUCAAAGUUGAAACAAAUCGAUCGAGACAAAAAAUCAAUAAUUGGCCGAUGGCCCGACAUGGAGGCCAACGAAUAAAAAAUUUAUUACACGCAUAAUGCAAUUACCACGAAAAAUGAGCGUUAACGUAAUGGCAAGCAUAACUCGCACUUUGGGAAAUCGUAGUGAGGGCGGUACGAAACACUCGAACGAGAUUAAGCUCGCUGGCGAAGAGAGCAAGGACAAACUCUACGAGCCCAAACAUCGACAAAAAGUCGUCCGAGUAUUAACUGUCGUAGCUUACGUAGUGUCCGUCAGUUUGGCGGCUAUUAUCCUCUCGCUUUACUACACCUUCAUUUGGGAUCCGAAGGAUCAUGCACUUUAUACGGUACGACAAACUUCGUUGAAUUCAACCUCCAAGGUCGAAUGUCUCAAUCUGACCAUACCUGUCAUCACUGAACUGUCGAGAACCAUUAAUGGCUCACACAUUGCCAGAGUGGCACCAACACGAGCUGCAACAAAUGACAGCCUGGACGACCAAAAGCACGAGAAAAACUUACCGGGCCAACCGCCAAGCAGAGAUUCUCUGGUGGAUUCGAGCACGGAAGACAUCGAUACUGUCAACGAAUUGGCGCUGGAGUCCUCGCCGUUGAUUGUACAACCUGAGCUGAAAUUCUCUGACGAAGACAAAGUUGAAACGAAGGAAGAACGUGUCUCGCAAGAAAUUGACGAUUUUAAUCUUUUGAGCCUUUGACUUUACCCAUCGAAUUAUUUUACUGUUUUUUCUUAACCAUUUCAAAUGUCAUUUUGGAACUUACGAACUAAAUCUGUAAAGCCUCUGAUUACGAUCGGCUAUUCGAUCGACAAGAUUGUUUCUUCGCAUGAGGAAUCAAGUUGAUAAACUUGACACAGAUUUCAAUAAGUCGAAAUUCUUGCAAUUUAUAAAUAUUUUCUAAUCGAAUUUGAUGCUCUGAUUGUAACGAAAAUCAUUCGAAAAAUUGACAAUAUCUAAAAAAAACUUUCAAUUAGUUCCAGUAAAGUUCGAUUUUUUUCCGAACUGAUCCUGCAGGACAGUUUAGUACAAAAAAUAAUUUAAACUAUUCAACGAAUUCGAAUUUUCGCGACAGGAAAAUAAUCAUUUUCCAAUUCAAACGAUUUCAUAUAAGAAAUGAAAUAUCAUUCAAAUGAGAAUUCUCGUCGAAAUGAGAUUCAAAACAUUCGAUCAUUUCAACUACUGGAUAUUAAAAUUAUUCGAAACAAACAGUUGGAAGCGAGUAAUUUGACUAUAAAAAUGAUAAAAUAAGCGAGUCGGGUUGGUUCAAUCGAACAAUUGUUGAAUAGCUCCACGAAGUACAUAAAAAUAAUCUUAAAAUUUAUUUGACUUUUUGGUUGUAAAGGUCCAACUGUUCUCAUCCAGGUUGCACGAAUCUGGUGUCAAUAAUUGUAGCGAUAUCGUUUUUCGAAUAAAGAUCACAAUAAUUAUACAACACCGUUAAA